CACUUAAUCUGCUUCCUCUAUUUCACUCUUCUUGUGCGCCCUGUUGCCGGCACCCGAGCACAAAAACAACACCGACUCGCUUUGUUGCCGAUUUCUACUUCGACCUCGAUUCGACGCACGUCCGAGCUCCGGGUAUUAAGAUUCGACGCGACGACGUUGUAGCUGGGACGUAUACGACGAGAACAGAAACUUGGGCAUAUAGAGGAGGAACUAGCGAGAGGACCAAGGAAGGUUUGCUGAGCCCCACACUUUAGAGAGAAAAAAUGGAGUCCUGGCUGAGCGACGUGCAACGCGUGAGGAUCCCGAGACCGAAGUUCGGGAGCGGGAACUCGGUGCGCAGGUCAAACUCGAGCGUCCAGCACAUCCGACCGGAGGCUAGACAGGUGGCCCAGGAGAUAGCCAAGGCGACCGAAGAGCUGCGCCAGGCGCUGCAGGACAAGCUCUGAGCGCCGUUUUCAUCGCGAGGAAGAGACUAGUCCGAGAGCGAGUGUGCGAUUUUUGGUUUUCUUUUGCUUCUAAUGAUGUGCGUUGGCUUGGAUCUUUGCGGCGCUGGGUUGUAAGAGUGGACGUGGGGUAUUCUCGGGCACGGGAAUAACGGCUUUGUCAUGCGGGAUCGAUGGGGGUCAUUAAUUGUCUAGAGGGACUUGAUGAAAUCACGAUGUUUUUAAUUUUUUGAGCUGCGAGUACAUACGCGUAUUUGUAACUCUUAC